AUGGAUCGCAUUAAGGAGAAAAUGAACCAGCUUCGUCUGGAGGCCGACGACAACGCCGCCAAGGUAGAGGAGCUUCAGGCCAAGGUCAAGUCGCUGGAGCAGGAGAACCUGUCCAAGGAGCAGGAAAUCACCUCCCUGCAGCACAAGAACGGCCUGCUUGAGGGCGAGGUCGAGAAGCUUGAGACUGCAGUUAAGGACUUCAAGAAGGCUGCCGACGAGAGCACCAGCACUGGCACACAAAACGAAACUCUUCAGCGCAGACUUCAGCUCCUCGAGGAGGAGGCCGAGGAGGCGGACAAGACCCUUCGCGAAGCCAACGAGAAGCUCCGACAGACCGACGUCAAGGCCGGCCACUUCGAGCGCAAGGUCCAGGCUCUCGAGGCGGAGCGCGACCAGUGGGAGUCCAAGUACGAGGAGAUGGCCAAGAAGUACACGACGGUCCAGAAGGAACUCGAGGAUUUCCAGAACGAGAUUGGCAACAUCUAA